CUCCCCCAAUGUCUUAAUAGGUGAUUUUCACAUCCAGUCACCGGCCACAGUGAGGUUAUAUUCACACGACAGAAUUUCCGCCUCCGCAUUCAUUUGGCUGGUUUCUGGCUUGUGCGGAUUCCGUGGGGAAAUAUUGAAGUGUGAAUGAGGGGGAAUGGGAGUCCCAUUGAGGUUGAUUGGGCUUUAAUUUAAUGUCCACAUUUAAGAAUCGACAUGUAGAAAUUCGCCCGUGUGAAAACAGUUUGAAGAAAUCACUAAGGACGACAUGUUUCUGCGGUGGCCAGCGAUUGAUGUAAAGUAUUGGUGUAAAGUAUCGGCAGAGGAUCAGAGAACUAUUGGUAUGGGAACAGAGGAGGACAGCGUGCCAGCCUUACUGCUGCCCAGGAUGGGCAUGGGUGCUGGUGGAAGGGGAGUUUGCAGGAGUUUGUUUGGCCCCAUCGACCACGACGAGCUGAGAUCCGAGCUGAAGAGACAACUCAAGGAGAUCCAAGCAUCUGACUGUCAAAGAUGGAACUUUGAUUUCGAGUCUGGGACACCACUCAAGGGGACUUUCUGUUGGGAGCCUUUGGAAAGCAAGGAGAUGCCAGGCUUAUAUAGGGAGAGCAGACUGUGCCCUGCCAGUGCCACCCCAGUAUCCAGGCAAACAAGCCCUAGACUACCUGUGCCACCAGCAGAUACCAGAGAGGAGUCACCGGCAGAGACUGUCCAGCAGAAUAAGGAGUGCGCAAAAGAGAACGCAGACAAGGCUGUCAAGAAAUGCCAAGGAGUUAAAGGACCCUCUAAGACCUCCGCACACUCUACUCCAUCCCUCCUCAGGAAGAGGGAGACCAGCACUUCCAUAACUGACUACUUCCCCAAGAGGAAGAGAACACAAGCCCCCAAGACUGACAACCUAAAGGUUGCCCACCACCCUCUUUGCACUUUGGAGCAGACCCCUAGGAAGAAGAUCCGAUGAAUCACUGGUCUUUUUUUUUAUUUUAUUUUUUUUAGCCAUCAGGGACUUUAAAAGUACUACAACCCUCAACAAGUAUCCCCUUACCAGAAUAAGGAAGGAAAAAAAAAAAAAGGAGGCUGCAAACGGGACUACAUCGGCCGGGCUCUCCCCCCCCCACCAACCAACCAGAACACUUGAGAUUCUGCAGUAGUUUAUCUGGGAGUAAUUCACCAGCCUUGGAUGUGGACUUGUGAAAAUCUGUAGCGGUUGAGGACUUCCUAGUAUUGCCCGCACUCUAUCCGCAUACUUGGAUGUCUAUACUGGCUCUUUCCUUUUCUUUUUGUAUUUUUUUUUCCAAUUUUUUUUGUCUUGCUAAGAGAGAAUGCCAAGCUGGCAGGGUGGCAUCCAUCUGUCCUGUCUGUGUCAGAGCUGUGAAUGUAGCAACAACCUACUAUAUGAAACUAUAGCUUGGUCACCCUUCAGCUUUCCAGGUCCUGCCAGGCUACAACCCCGUCUGGUUCGUUCCGAGCUGUUCAGCGUUGUAGUCGAUAAUAUAACCCAGGGAACUGCUAAGGCGGCGUUUCCCAACCAGAGUGCCUCCAGCUGUUGCAAAACUACAACUCCCAACAUGCCCGGACAGCCGAAGGCUGUCCGGGCAUGCUGGGGGUUGUAGUUAUGCAACAGCUGGAGGCACCCUGGUUGGGAAACACUGUGCUAAGGGAUUUGCCAACCCUUGGUUUUGCGUAUGCCAACCAAUAGGCAUGUACAGAUGUUUUCUAUGUAGCAUUUCUUCGUGUAACCCAGUUGUUUUUGCACUGUUUUAUAUAUAUAUAUAUAUAUUUUGAUAUAUAUACCACCUUUAUGUACAGCAACUAUGUAACAUAACAAAGCAUUAAAAUAAGUUAUAUAUUUAUAUAACAUGUUGGAAGUACUCCAAUGUUUAGCCAUAAUACUGGCUAGGAAACGGUUCUAGAGGUUAUACGUAUGUCUCCUUUUGGAGAGACAAAAGUAUUUUUCCAAUAAAACUAUGCAUGUACAGUUUUUGUUUUUUUUUUCUAUGUUUUUGUUUUAAUUAUGUUUUUUUAUUGUUUUGCAAACAAAUGUAAAGAAUAUUGCUAUACGAGCAAAAGAAAGUAAACUAUAUGACUUUUAUA